UUGGUCUCCCAUCCCCAUCCUCCAGCUGUGUCCCCACAGAUCUGGGCCUCCUGCUGCCCACCAUGGCCAAAAGUGGAGAGGCUCUGCCACGGGGCAGUCCAGUGCCAUCCCAGGAUCCCCACCUCAUCAGGGUGACAGUGAAGACUCCCAAAGACAAGGAAGAUUUCUCAGUCACAGACACAAGCACCAUCCAGCAGCUGAAGGAAGAGAUUUCGCAACGUUUUAAGGCCCAUCCUAAUCAGCUGGUCCUAAUCUUUGCUGGUAAAAUCCUCAAGGACACUGACUCAUUGGCACAGUGUGGAGUGCAAGAUGGCCUCACCGUCCACCUGGUCAUCAAGAUGCAGCGUCGCGCCACGGGAACCGAGUGCCCAGCUCCCUCAGUCUCUACCCCAAGCCCAAGUCCUGGCCCACUCCCUCAGCCAAAUUCUAUUUACUCUGUGGAUGGGUCUCCUUCCUUCAGCUUAGGCCUCCUCACAGGCCUCAGUGGGCUGAGCCUGACCUCAGGUAGCUUCUCCAACCAGCCAGGCUCACUGAUGUGGCAGCAGGUCUCAGUGCCUGAGCUUGUGGCUCAUCUCAUCGAUGACCCCUUCAUCCAGGGUCUGAUGUCCAACACAAGCCUGGUGCGUCAGCUGGUUCUGGACAACCCCCAUAUGCAGCAGCUGAUCCAGCAGAACCCUGAGAUCGGGCACAUUCUCAACAACCCCGAGAUCAUGAGGCAGACGCUGGAGUUUCUGCGGAACCCUUCCAUGAUGCAGGAGAUGAUGCGUAGCCAGGACCGCGCACUCAGUAACCUGGAGAGCAUCCCUGGGGGCUACAACGUGCUUCGCACCAUGUACACAGACAUCAUGGAUCCCAUGCUCAAUGCCGUUCAGGAGCAGUUUGGUGGCAAUCCUUUUGCCACCGCCACGACUGCUGAUGCCACCACCAGCAGCAGCCGACCUUCAAGGACAGAGAACUGUGACCCUCUUCCCAACCCCUGGACUUCCACAUAUGGAAGGUCAGGGAGCAGGCAAGGGAGGCAACCAGGGAACCAGAAUGCAGCUGAAACUAGAAACAGGGUUCCAAACUUUCUGGGUAACAUAGGGCUCUUUGAUUACCUCCAGCAAUUACACGAGAUUCCUCAGUCCCUGGGAUCUUAUCUACAAGGUACUACCGCGCCCAUUCCAAGUCCAAGCCACAAACCACCACUACCAGGAAACAGAGUCCCCCCAACUUUACCCUCAUCCCAGAAACCAGGGUCAGGCCAGCCCCUGUCCAAGGAGUCCGUUGCAAUCAAAGGAAAGUCCUCCUGCCCGGCUUUCUUGAGACACCCCUCCGAGAGCAGUCCUGGGCAAGGUGGAGGCCUACAAGACACCGGGAGGAGCUCUCCUGGCCAGAGCACGAGCUUGCCUGACCUUGUCUCUGGGCUAGGAGAUCCUGCCAACAGGGCCCCAUUGGUUUCUACACCACCUUCCCCUGUGGCAUCUCCUCCAGUCGUCCCCGAGUCUCCCUGGCUGCCCUCACCAGGUUACCCAAGAUCUCUGAGGCCGGCUGGCAUGAAUCCAGCCCCUCGAAUGCAGAGUGAGGUGCACCAACAGCUGCCCCUGCUGCUGCACCUCCAGGCAGCCAUGACGAACUCCCGGGCCAUGCAGGCCCUGUUGCAGAUCGAGCAGGGUCUGCAGGUUCUGGCUACCGAAGCUCCUCGCCUCCUGCUCUGGCUUAUGCCGUGCUUGGCAGGGCUGAGUGGAGCGUCAGGAGGUACAGAGUCUAGAGAAGAUCCCUGCCCAGCCCCAGCUCCUCACGUGUCUCCACCCCACAGCUCAGCGGACGUAGGCUUCCAGUCCACGCACCUCCUCCAGGUGUUGCAAACUUUAGCUACUGCUAACGCCCAGCAGCGACAGCCCGAGGCUCACUUCCGGGCGCAGUUAGAGCAACUGCGGGCCAUGGGCUUCCUGAAUCCUGAAGCCAAUCUUCAAGCCCUCCUCGCCACGGGGGGUGAUGUCGAUGCCGCCGUGGAGAAGCUGAGGAAGUCUUCGGAGCCCUAG